UGUUACCACAGAGAUAAACACCUCUCUUGAAUGAGGAACAUUCUCAUAAUUUUGACACUGCAAUUUCUUGGCAGUUUCCCAAUCCUAUUAGGAAACAUUCCUCAGAAUCACACAAGGAAGGUUUGAGGUUUUUAUUUCGUUUUCAAUAUAUAAAGAGAAGUUGGGGAAGAUAAAACUGGACAGCCCUGGACAUCUUUCUGCUUCAUGGGCUGUCUCAGCUGUCUGCAGUAGCCAGCAUGCCUUUGCUCCUGUUCUCUGUCCUCUGGCUCAUUGUUCAAACUCAAGUUGUAGCCAUAAAGGAAGGCCCUGAAUGGGAGCACUAUGAAGUCGUUCAUCCUAAAAGACUGCAUAUUUUGCACAAAAGAGAUAUACAAAACAACCAAACAGAAAAUCAUGGAAAAGAGGAAAGAUAUGAUUCUGAACUUCAGUAUCAGAUUACAUUAAGUGGAGAAGAAGUCAUUCUUCACCUACAAAAAACCAAGAAUCUCCUGGGUCCAGACUACACUGAAACAUAUUUCUCACCUAGUGGAGAGAAAAUAACUACAAGGCCUAAGGACAUGGAACAUUGCUUCUAUGAAGGACACAUCCUAAAUGAGAAGGAUUCUGUUGCUAGCAUUAAUACUUGUGAUGGUUUGAGGGGGUACUUCACACAUCAUGAUCAAAGAUACACGAUAAGGCCUCUGAAAAGCUCUGACAAAGAAGAGCAUGCUGUUUUCACGCAAAGCCAGGAAGAAAUUGACCUAGCAAAUUACACCUGUGGUGUGAGAACUUUGGGCAGGAAAAAAGGGCUUAUUCGAAACUCAAGGUCACCCAGUGGUCCAGAGCAAGAAGAAUUUCUUCGGGCUGACAAAUAUAUUGAUCUCUUUUUGGUGCUGGACAAUGCCUUUUAUAACGCACAUAAUGGAAAUCUAACUGUGAUAAGAAGCUUUGUGUUUGAUGUGAUGAACCUACUCAAUGUGAUUUAUAAAACGAUAAAUGUUCAAGUGGUCUUGGUAGGCUUGGAAAUAUGGUCUGAUGGUGACAAGAUAAAGGUGGUACCUGAAACAGGUGUCACUUUUACCAACUUUCUGAUUUGGCAUCGUUCUAAGACACAGAAAAAGAUGAUCCAUGACCAUGCUCAGUUACUCAGUGGAAUUAAAUUCAAUGCUCGGCGUGUGGGAAUGGCAUCCUCGAAUUCUUUGUGUUCCUCAUCUUCAGUUGUCGUCGUUGGGGCUAAGGAUAUGAACAGUGUGGCUCUUGUAGGAGUGAUGUCCCAUGAGUUGGGCCAUGUCCUUGGCAUGGCUGAUGUUCCAUAUUAUACCAAGUGUCCCUCUGGGAGUUGUGUGAUGAACCAGUAUCUGAGUUCAAAAUUCCCAAAGGAUUUCAGUACAAUCAGCCUCUCACUUUUUGAAAAAUACGUGUUAUCUAGAAGACCAAAGUGCUUGCUGCAAGCACCAAUUCCUAAAAAUAUAUUAACAAAUCCAGUGUGUGGGAACAAACUUCUGGAACUAGGAGAAGACUGUGAUUGUGGGUCUCCAAAGGAAUGCACCAAUGUUUGCUGUGAGGCCAGCACCUGUAAAUUAAAACCUGGAGCUGACUGUGAAGACACGCAGGCCAUAUCACAGAGUCAAUCAAAAAAUCUACAGCACUGAGGAGCUACCUUGCCAGAACAAGAAUCAAGACCUCUUAACACGCCUAAAAGCUUGUAUAUUUCCACCUUCAUACUUAGAUAUAUUUUGCUUUUACUUGAUGCUAUGCUUUCUAUAUUUUCACCAGUAUUUAGAAAAGUUGCCUGUUUUGUAAGGUCUGAUCUUUGAUGUAUUUUUAAGGGUUAUGUUGCUGUUGUUUAGCUCUGCUCUUUGGAGAAAAAAAGGAAAUUAGUCUUUGUCCAAAACACCUCAAAAAUAUACUGCUCAAUUGUGUAGACUUAACCCAGAAUUAUAAAAUUACAAGUGACUUGUAGUUUAACUCCUUUAAUUUUACUAGUAUAGCCCAUGAAAAAGAUACCAUCCCCUAACUAGGGACAUUUGGUGGGAGAAAGGAGAGUAGAGCUCAUGGGGUCUGUGCUCAGCGUUCUUUGUGCUUCGCUCUUAGACGUGUGCUGUUUUCUACAUCCUGUCAAGACUAAUCAUGCAAAUACUCUUCACUUUAUGUUGUAUAAUCUUUUCCACUGUCACCUCUGAUGCUGAUUUUGAGACGUCUGCAUUGCUUACAUUUUCAUUUAGUUACCAAGGACUGCUUCUUUCUCUUCAUUUAAGGAACCAUAAUUUCAAUGAAUAAAAACACAAUA